AUGUCUAGAACACAAGGAAAAUUAUCAAAUCAUCAAAUAAAAGAAUUACGUGAUACAUUCAAUCUUUUUGAUCGUGAUCGAAGUGGAACAAUAUCAUCAUCUGAACUUCAACAAGUAUUAACUGCUUUAAAUUUUAAACCAACAGAUAGUUUACUUCGAAAAAUCAUGAAAGAAAUGGAUAUUGAUGGUAAUGGUACUAUUGAAUUUGAAGAAUUUAUUAGAGUAAUGGGAAGUGUUUAUGAACGAAAAUUUACAGAAAAUGAAAUGCGUCAAGCAUUUAAAUGUUUCGAUACAGAUAAUUCUGGUUAUAUUACAGUUGAAGAAUUACGUAAAGUUUUACGUCAAUUAAAUCAAAAUAUAAGUGAACAACGAAUUAUUGAUGCUUUAGCUCAAAUAGAUAUUGAUCAUGAUGGAAAAAUUAGUUUUGAAGAAUUUGUACAUCUAUUUGAAGAACAUAAAUAUAUAUUAAUUAGUACAAUGCCAAUACAAUUGUCAGAUUUUCAAAAGAUCGGUCUCGGUCUGUCAAUAUUUGGUGUUGGUUUUAUUUUUUUUGGUAUGAUUUUAUUAUUUGAUAAAGGUUUACUUGCAGUUGGAAAUAUUUUAUUUCUUGCUGGUUUAAGUAUGAUUAUUGGAUUUGAACUUGUUUUAAUUGGUUGGCCAUUGAUUGGAAUGAUUUUUGAAUUAUAUGGAUUUUUUCUUCUAUUUGGCGGUUUCAUUCCUAUUGCAAUUAAUUUUCUUCGACGUUUGCCAAUUAUCGGUUCAAUUUUAUUAUUACCCGGUAUUCGACAAGUUGUCGAUAGAUUAUGUGAAAGUCGAUCAAUGGUAUAA